AUGACAACUAAGGGUACCAUCGCUGUGGAAGAGGCUGUUAUAGACCCGGCAACAACUUGGAUUCUGGGCGAAUCUCAGCAUAUAUUGACUCCGGGAGAUGCGGGUAAAGCUGCAUUAGAAUCCCACAAACGACGCUUGCUGGACAUCGACGGGCGAUUGGCUUCUAUGGACGCUGAUGGUGUAGAGUAUAUGCUGCUCUCAUUGACUGCGCCUGGCUGCCAGGGAAUCACGGACCAGAAGCUGUCAGAACAAACUGCCACAGGAUUUAACAAUUGGCUUGCGACCGAGGUUUCCAAGAGACCCUCUCGCUUUGGUGGGAUGGCAGCUGUCUCAAUGCAUGAUCCUACCCAGGCAGCCGGGGAAUUGAAAAGAGCCAUUCAGGAACUGGGAUUCUUUGGCGGGCUGAUCAAUGAUUUUCAAAGCAUUGAAAGGGGCGACAAAAUAUACUAUGAUACGACGGCCUAUGACCCUUUUUGGAGAAUGGCGGAGGAGCUCGACGUGCCAAUCUACUUACAUCCUCGCUAUCCAGAACUGUCCAAUCUUCAGCCCAACACCAAGUACGGAUCUCGUUUACACUUACUUGGGGCAGGAGUUCAAUUCCACUUAGAUUUGUCUUUCCACAUCUAUGCCCUUUGCGCAUCCGGUGUUUUCGACCGCUUUCCACGCCUAAAGCUUGUUGCCGGACAUCUUGGUGAGAACAUUCCAUUCAAUCUCUGGCGAGCCUCGCACUGGUACAACAAACCCAGCAAGAAGGCCACUCGACCCUCACAGCACGACUACAGCUACUAUUUUCGGAAUAAUAUUUUCAUCACUACCUCCGGGAACUUUUCGACUCCUGGACUCGAGUUUUGUAUCAAGGAGCUUGGAGUAGAGAGAUGUUUAUACUCGAUAGAUACCCCUUAUGAUCAAGUCAAGGAAGCCCAGGAAUGGUGGCGGACGGUGGAAUUGAAAGAUAACCAGAAGGAACUGGUGGGCAGGGAGAAUGCGAUUCGUCUGUUUAAACUUCCGAUUGGGAUUUAA